UGUUUUUUGGGCCACUUCUUGCUGAGUUAAUUUAUUCAAGAAUCUAUGAAAAGAAGCACAGUGAGUACAGUUGGUGUUUGCAUGUUCUAAUAUUGUCUUCACUAAGAGGACUUGUGCACCAGCUGUGGAGUUCGCAUAAUAACAUGCUUUUUCUUAAUCGAAAUCAUCGAUUAUCUGAAAAAGCCAUUGGUUUUGAUCAAAUUGACAAAGAAUGGCAUUGGGAUAAUUUCAUCAUACUUGAAGCAUCUGUAGCUUCAAUACUCUCAUUGAUCAAUCCAUCAGUGACCAAUCUUCCUAUUUGGAAAACCAGUGGGAUUAUUUCUUGUGUAAUUUUCCAUAUUGGCCUCUCAGAACCUCUAUAUUAUUGGCUUCAUAGAUUAUUACAUUCACCAUAUUUCUUCCAACAUUAUCACUGGCUACACCACAGUUCUACAGUGAACCAUCCAUUUACAGCCGGUCAUGCGACCUUUUUGGAGCAUUUAUUACUUUGUGUAAUAAUGGGAGUUCCAAUUCUUGGGAGUACUUUGAUAGGACAUGGUUCAGUCAUCAUGUUCUACGGCUAUGUUUUGGUGUUUGAUUUCCUUAGAUGUAUGGGGCAUAGUAACAUUGAAGUUGUUCCUCAUCACAUCUUCAAAACCGUGCCUUUGCUCAAAUAUCUUAUUUAUACACCAACGUACCAUUUUCUACAUCACAGAGACAUGAAGACGAAUUUUUGCCUCUUUAUGCCUCUUUUUGAUGUUUUCGGAAAGACCAUGAAUGAAAUUUCUUGGGAUCUUCAUAGAGAAAUAAGUUCAAACGAAGGCAAGAAGGCAAACGCACCAGACUUUGUGUUUCUUGCACAUGUGGUUGAUGUCAUGUCGUCAAUGCAUGUUCCAUUUGUUUUUAGAUCGUGCAGCUCAUUGCCAUACGCGACAAAUAUUAUCUUCUUCCUGCAUUGGCCAGUAGCUUUCAUGGUGAUGUUGAUCAUGUGGGCUAAAUCAAAAACUUUCUUGCUCAGUUUCUGCCAUCUUAGAGGAAGAUUACUUCAGAGUUGGGUCGUGCCAAGAUUUGGGUUCAUGUAUUUUUUACCCUCUGCAAAAGAUGGCAUAAAUAGGCAAAUAGAAGAAGCUAUAUUGAAGGCCGAUAGGAUUGGUGUCAAGGUCCUUAGCCUC